UAACUACUCCUCCUCUAUUGGAAAGGUCAGCAAACUCCACUGAAAUCAUGGCAACAGGAUCUCUUCUCUUCCCUAUCUUCUUCCUGUUACCUAUCAUCUUCCUCAUCUUCAACCAUCUAAGACGUACAUCUUCAAAGGGCCCACUUCCACCAGGCCCACGCCCAUGGCCCAUCAUAGGCAACCUUCUCCACAUGGGAAAGAAGCCCCAUAUACAGCUAGCUCACUUAGCCCAAGCACAUGGCCCACUCAUCUCACUGAAGCUAGGCACUCAGCUCAUUGUAGUUGGAUCCUCCCCGGCCGCGGCCACCGAGAUCCUCAAGACCCAUGACCGCCUACUCUCGGCUCGUUACGUUCCACACACAACACCUGCACAGAGAUCGAGCCGGAAUGGAUCGUCGAUGGUGUGGGCAGCUGAGUGUAGUGGCCAGUGGAAGUUCCUUCGCACCCUUUGUAGGACAGAGCUGUUUGCGGCGAAGGCGAUCGAUGGACAAGCGUCUAUAAGAGAGAAGAAGGUGAUGGAGAUGGUGGGCCAUUUGGGUGCAAAGGAAGGUGAGGUGAUCAAGGUGGGGCAGGUGGUAUUUGCUAGUGUGUUUAAUAUGUUAGCUAAUGUAAUUUUCUCAAGGGAUUUCAUUGAAAUGGAAGAGAGGGAAGAUAGUGGAGGAAUGAAAGAGAUUGUAUGGAGGAUGAUGGAGUUGGGGACUGCUAUAAAUAUAGUAGACUUGUAUCCUAUGUUAGAUGGGUUUGAUAUACAAGGAUUGAAUAAGAAGGCCUUGAAGUAUGUUGAGAAGGUUCAUGCAACAUGGGAAGUUCUUGUUAGGGAAAGGAGGGGAGGGAAAGGUUCAAAACAGUGUGAUUUCUUGGAUGUUAUGCUGGAAAAUGGAUUUAGCAAUGAUCAAAUCAAUACCUUAGCCCUGGAGCUGUUAAUUGCUGGAUCCGACACUACUGCCUCAACGAUCGAGUGGGCAAUGGCAGAACUUAUAAAGAGCCCAGAAGCCAUGAACAAAGCUCAGGAAGAACUCAAAAGAGAGAUUAAAGGAAACAUUGUUAAAGAGUCUGAUCUACCUCAACUCUCCUACCUACAGGCCUGUGUAAAGGAGACAUUGAGAUUGCACCCUCCAGCACCACUCCUCCUUCCUCACCAGGCCCCAGAGACAUGCACAUUGAUGAAUUAUACUAUUCCCAAGGACACCCAAGUGCAAGUGAACGUGUGGGCGAUGGGAAGAGACCCUGUAACAUGGAAAGAUCCCUUAUCGUUCACGCCAGAGCGUUUCAUCAGUUCGGACUUGGAUUACAAAGGCAACGAUUUCGAGUUCAUACCCUUCGGUGCUGGAAGGAGAAUUUGCCCAGGACUACCCAUGGCGACUCGGCAAGUUCACUUAAUUCUGGCUUCUUUAAUCCACUGCUUUGAUUGGUGUCUUCCACAUGACAUGGACCCAACCCAGCUCGACAUGAAUGAGAAGUUUGGGGUCACACUGCAGAAGGAAAAUCCUCUCCUUCUUAUCCCUAAACUUAGAAAUGUGUAAGUUGUUUCCAGCAAGGACUGCUAAAAUCACAUACAUCAUAGGCACACCAGAUCAGCGGUCAGGAUGUUGUACGUGUGUUCAGUGUUUCCUGUGAUGUGUGAUAUUGGCAUUCUUCCUUAGUCUUUUCCUUUGGGAAAAGGAAGAUUGUUCAUUACAUAUUUUCCCGUUAAUAUCGUUGACUUGGUAUUCUGUUUAUUAAAGUAUCUUUCAACAGCAACAAUGCGUGUUAUC